AUGAGGCCCCUGGACGGCUGGUGCUGGGUGGUGAUGCUGCUCCUCGCCCUCUUCAGCGACGUCGCCGGCGGCCGCCGCGGGGGCGGUGGGAGACCCGGAGGUCGCGGCGGCGGCAGCGGAGGGGCCGGGGGGCUCCGCGGGGGCUUCCGCGCCGUGUCCCGCGGCGGGGGCACCCCCGGGCGCGGCUCCAAGGUGGCCGGAGCCAUCGCGGCCGGGGCCGCCGCGGGUUAUGGGAUGGGGCUGCUGGGGCGCCCGCGCCCGUCCCGCCUCGGUCACGGCAUCCCCGCGGCCCGGCAGCCCCCACCCGCGGGCGGGUUCCACGCCGCCAGCUGGCCGGACGUGGGGGGCAAGCGGGGACCCCCCAGCCGAGCCCCCCGGCACCGCGGAGGCAUCGGCCUGGCCCUGCUUUUGGCAUCCACCGCCUGCCUCGUCAGCCACGGGCUGCAGCGCUGA